CGGGAAUUCAUCCGGAAGUGGGUGAAGUACGCACUUCCGGAUCCUGCAGCGGUUUCUGUCCCGUGGAACCGAGCAGUUCACCAUGAAUCCGCUGACGAAGGUGAAGUUGAUCAACGAGCUGAAUGAGCGUGAGGCUCACCUCGGGGUCAAAGACUCCGUCUCCUGGCACUCCGAGUACAGAGACAGCGCCUGGGUGUUUGUGGGAGGAUUUCCAUACGAGCUGACUGAAGGAGACAUCAUCUGCGUCUUCUCUCAGUACGGAGAGGUCGUCAACAUCAACCUGGUGAGAGACAAGAAGACGGGGAAGUCCAAAGGGUUCUGCUUCAUCUGCUUCGAGGACCAGCGGAGCACCAUCCUCGCUGUGGACAACUUCAACGGCAUCAAGAUUAAAGGUCGGACGAUUCGCGUGGAUCACGUGAAAGACUACCGACCUCCCAAAGACUCUGAGGACAUGGACGACAUCACCAAACAGCUGAGGGAGCAGGGCUGUGCUCCUUCACACCAACCCACCACCGCCUCCUCCUCCUCCCCCUCCUCUGAGGAAGACGAGCAGUACAACGUCCCCCUGAAGAAGACCAAAAAAGACAAGAAAGAGAAGAAGAAAAAGAAGAAAGAGAAGAAGGAGAAGAAGAAGAAGGAGAAAGAGAGAGCGAGUCAGGCGCUGAACUCCUCCUCUUCCUCACCUCCUCCUCCUCCUCCUCCUCCUGCCCUCAGAGUCAAAGAGGAGAAGGAGGACGCCGCCUACAACAAGUACAACCAGAGGGGGGCGCCACCAGGAGGACAACAGAACGGACAGAGAGGGACGGGGAACGACAGACUCAGGGGGGAGGAGGACAGGAGGAGGGAGGGAGACAGGGAGAGAGAGGGAGACAGGAGGAGGGAGACAGACAGGGAGAGAGAGGGAGACAGGAGGAGGGAGGGAGACAGGGAGACAGACAGGGAGAGAGAGACAGACAGGAGGAGGGAGGGAGACAGGGAGAGAGAGGGAGACAGGAGGAGGGAGGGAGACAUGAAGAGGGAGACAGACAGGGAGAGAGAGGGAGACAGGGAGAGAGACAACAGGAGGAGGGAGGGAGACAUGAAGAGGGAGACAGACAGGGAGAGAGAGGGAGACAGGGAGAGAGACAACAGGAGCAGGGAGGGAGACAUGAAGAGGGAGACAGACAGGGGCUAUGAUAGAAGAAGAGAGACAGACAGAGAAGGAGAGGAAGACAGGAGGAGGAACAGAGACCGGGAGAGAGACAGAGAUGAUGACAGAAGAAGAGAGAGACAGAGACAGUGAAGGGAAGGAGAGACAGACAGACUGACGAUAGAAGAAGAGAGACAGACAUGCAGAGAGAGGCAGACAGGAGGAGGAACACAGAGACGUCACCGUCUUCAGGACGUCUUAGUUUCAUUCAGUUCAGUGUUAAGACGUCUGCUGAAGAGAAGUUUGAUUGAUGAGUUUUGUAAUAAAAGGGAGAAGGAAGCAGUUUAAACAGGAAGCUCAUUGAUUCUGUAAGAAAGAUCAAUAAAUGACUAAACACGAUGCUGAGUUUAAAUAAAAUAAAUA